AAGCGUCAGAUGCAGGUAACAUCCACAUGUGGAAAAGGUAAUCAAGAAAAUACUUUCAUAUGGUGGGCCGGGAACAUCUAAACAUCCAAACCCCCAAACGCACGACCCACCCAACGGGCAAGAUGCUCUCCCACUCUAGGGCCAAUAUCUACACGGUGAAUGAUCAACCCGAUCAUCGCACGUGUGAACUUCGGCACGUGUGAGCUAGGGCCCAUCCCCUCCCAAACCCUAAACCAGCUUGGGACCUCCGUAAAAUCGCCACUCCCCAGCUCUGCCUGUUUUCUUCCUUCCCUCCCCUGGAACGAAAUUCCCAUUUUACCCACCACAUACGAGUCGAAAUGACAAUUCUAUCGUCUCGCAACCGCUUCCUCCUCCACAUACGCCUUCUCUCCACCUCCACUACCACAGCCGCUGCCACCGCCACCUUUCCUUCAAUCUCCAUCAAUCUCGCAAAAUCUAAGCUCCGAUCCGAACACGACCCCGAUAAAGCCCUCGCCGUCUACUCCUCGGUCGCGGCCCACCUCCAGUCCCCCGUCUCCUCCCGCUACGCCCUCGAUCUCACUGUCCGUCGCCUGGCCAAGUCCCAUCGUUACUCCGACAUCGAAUCCCUCGUCGAGUCCCAGAAAUCAGAUCCCAAGAUCACCCAAGAGCCCUUCCUCUCCACCCUCAUCCUCACCUACGGCCGGGCCGGCAUGCUCGACCAGGCCAUCCAAACCUUCGAACAGAUGGACUCCCUCGGCACCCCGAGGUCCGCCGUCUCCUUCAACGCUCUCCUCACCGCCUGCAAUCAAUCGCAGAAGUAUGAUCAAGUACCCAAGCUCUUCUCCGAAAUAUCUCAGAAUUACGGAAUUACCCCUGAUAAAAUCUCCUACGGUAUACUAAUCAAGUCGCUCUGUGAGUCGGGGCUACCCGAAUCGGUGGUCCCCGUUCUGAAAGAAAUGGAAGAGAAGAAUAUAGAGAUUACCAUGAUCACUUAUACGAGCAUCUUGGAUGCAUUUUAUAAGAAAGGGAAGAUUGAAGAUGCAGAGAGAAUAUGGAAUGAGAUGCGCGAGAAAGGAUGCUCCUUCGAUGUUGUGGCUUACAAUGUUAAGAUCAUGCGAGCCGCCCAUCAUGGGACGCCUGAAGAAGUGCUGGGAUUGAUGGAUGAGAUGGCUUCCUCAGGGCUGAAGCCCGACACGAUCAGCUAUAAUUAUCUCAUGACGUGUUACUGUAAGAAUGGGAAGGUGGAUGAGGCGAAGAAGGUUUACAACGAUUUGGAGGAGAAAGGGUGUCUGCCAAAUGCCACGACGUUCCGGACGCUUAUGCAUUAUCUUUGUAGGAAUGGGGAUUUCGAUGCGGGGUUGGAGGUUUUCAAGGCGAGUGUGAAGAAGAACAAGAUUCCAAAUUUUGGGACGACCAAGGGCUUGGUUGAGGGGCUGGUUAAGAAUUCAAAGGUGGCGGAGGCGAAGGGGUUGAUUGGAGCGGUGAAGAAGAGGUUUCCCAAGAGUUCUUUGAAUGUGUGGAAGAAAGUUGAGGAAGAACUUGGGUUGAAUGAUGAGAGUAGUAAGGGAAGUGGUCAGGUGGCAGCUGCGUCAUAGUUAAAAUUCUUAGUUGGUGUGGUGAUUGGAUUACGCAGUUAGAUGGAAAUGGGAUUGAUUGAUAUAGGGUAGUCAAUUAUCUCACCGGUUUUUUUCUCUUUAGGUUUGAGUGGAGGAUGCUAUCUGCAAGCUGUGGCCGUUCCGUCACGCUUUUUAUUAGUCUUUGUAUGGUUAUUGGUGCUGAAAUUUUGGCUCGAACCACAUUAAUCCAAAAUAGUGGUGACUCACAAAGCAAUAGAAACAUGGCAAUGGUGGCGUAUGGAGAA